AUGUACGAUAAAGAUGUGGUCGGCGUCAGGAAGCGGGAGCGCGUGCUGCGCACAGCCACAGUCGGCAACAAGAGGACACACUCCGCCAGCCCACUGAGCCAGCCACCACGGGGUGUGAAGAAAUCAGUGGACAAUGUGACCAUACCUUCUGUCAGCGCUUCGUCUCCGGAGACUCACGAGCCUCAGGGUUUCCCGCAAGCACUUGCUGAAGACAAAGACCUGACCAUGCCACACUGCAUGGUGAUCAAGAUGCAGCGGGCCCUCGCCACCAAGAAGCGGGAGUUCAUUAAAAUGAGGAAGAAUUUGAUUUCUCAGCAGAAAGUGGUGUUGGAAGCGUUCGCGUCGCUGCGCGAUAUGGAGGCGCGGGCGGGCGUGGCUGCCGACGAGAGCGUGGGCGACGUGCACAUCGUGUCGGUGAGCGCGUGGCCCGCGCACGACCUGCUACUGCUGGUCAGGGACGACCUCGAGUUCCCCAUGCACAGCGAGAUCAGCGGCGCUUUCGCGCCUCAAGUGCUGCAGCAGCUGCACUCGCAGCUGUCGCCGGUGCCCGAGGAGGUGGUCAGCCUGGGCGCGGAGAUGAUGGCCCGCCGCAUCGACCUGCUCAACAUCCUGCGCGGCAAGCACCGCGCCGAUCGCACCUAUGUCAACAACAUCAACAAUAUGGAAUGGAAAACAAAGAAUUCAGAGAUGGACCACGAGACAGAACGCUUGCACAGAUUGGUGGCCGGGACUGCUGAAAAUUUGAAAGCCAAAAUUAACUACUCCUUAGAACUUGCUAAGAUACCAUGGUUGGACCGUGAGGCGCUUACAAAAAGAAUUGAAAGACUACAGAAGGAAAAUAUGAUUUUGCAACACAAAAUCGAUGAAAUGGGAAAGAGCCAUAACGUCGAAUAUUGCAUGGCGAGUAAGGAUGGAAUGGCCAUGCCAGGAACGCCUUCUGACACCGGUGCUGCCAGCCACCAGAAUGUUUUGGAGGAGUUGUCCAAAGAGCGCGCUGCGCGGGAGGCGUUGAAGGAGCUAGUGUCGGCAGCGGAGAGCAUGCUGCGGGUGGCGCGCGCGCGCAUUGCCACGCUGGAGCGCCAGCUCAAGGACACCAAGGCCGAACUCGACGCCGCGCGUCGCAAGCAUAAAGACCUCGAGCAACUCUAUCGACAUCGGGAAACGAGUUACGAUGCUCGCUCGAAGAAAUUGAUUGAAGUCUCCAAAACGGGAGAAAUGACGAUAGAGGCAUUGUCACGCCAGCGAGACGCUCUCGAACUAAGGGUAAAGGAGCUCCGUGAGCAGGCGGAGAUGGCGGAGAAGCUGGCGGACUCGCGCGAGGCUGAACAGCGAUCGCGCGCCGAGUCGCUCCAGGCGAAGGUAGCCGACCAGGAGAAAAGGAAAGAGGCAGCUGAGAUAAGAGUGAUGGAACUGGAAGCCAGAGUGAAAGAGUUGGAAGAAGUGAUACACAACUUGCGUGAGCGAUCGGGAAGACUAGUUGACAUGGAGCGAAGACGAUGCCUCGAAUAUGUGCCUUCGAAAGAAAAUGAACCAUCUGACAGGGAGACGGAAAUUUGGAAAGAGCUUCAAGUGACACGAUUAGCUCUCUCACGUGCCGAAGAAGAGUUGCGCCAGAGUCGCGCUGACAAAGAUAGCCUUUUGGAUUCUCUCUCCAGGAUUGCGCAAGACGGAGGUGAAAAUAUGCAAGACAAAAUGGCUACUGAGUUGUUGAAUAAAGAGCAAAGAAUAGCAAAAUUGCAACAAGUUAUUGAAGAACUACGCGAAAAUGAAAAAUUGAUGGAGCAAAGUAUGACUCAAUACGAAAACCAACUGGCAUCUUUACGACUUGAAGUUAAAAGGCUGAGGAACUAUGAUUGCUAUACUAAAGAAAUGCCUUUUCAAGAGCUCCAGACGGAGUUGCUGGAGUUGCACAUGCAAGUGGAGGCGUUGACGCGCGAGCGGUCGGCGCUGGUGACAGCGGCGGCGACGCGUGCGCUCAUGCUGGAACGCCACGAGCGCGCCGCUGACUUGUUCUCGCGCGUCACGCGAGCCCGCCGUGAGCUCGCCGCUAUGCUUGAAGGCCAUACCGAUCCGCCACCCAUCAGUGAAAUUUCUCAUGCAGAGGUGUCGCGGUCGCUGUCGUCGGUGUGCACGAGCUCGGCGGAGACGUGGACUGCGUUGCGCGCGGAGCGGGCGCGCGUGUUGCGCCUCGAGAGCGCGGUGCUGGCGCAGAGCCUGCAGCUAGAGCGCGAAGGCCGCGUGCGCACGCAGCUCGAGCGCCGGCGCGCCAUCCUCGAGCGAGAAAUCCUGCGCUCGCAUGCCGUCCCCACCUCCGAACCCACCCGCAAUGCCAUGAUCAAGAACCCCAGCUUGAUUCAAGACAUAUUUUGCUUUAGAUAAAUGAAUACUUAUCGAGCGUAACACUCCACAAUACG